UAGUUUUCGGUCCUAACUCUCUCUCUCUAUCUAUCUAUCUAUUCACAUCCCCCAACUAAGAAGCACUUAGCCUGUUUGAAUAGUAGUAGUAGUAGUAGUAGUAGUAGUAGUAGUAGUAGUAGUAGUAGUAGUAGUAGUAGUUGAACGAUAAUGGUCCCAUCAUAGGGUACACACCCAGUGCCGCUAAGUCCGUCCUUAUUGUAAAGCCUGAACACUAUGACAGUGCAGUGGAUAGCUUCAGUGGCAGUGGAGUUAUAAUAACAAAGGAUGGACAGCGGCAUUUGGGUGCUGUCAUCGGAACAGAGGAGUUCAAGAAGGAGUACAUAGGAGAGAAGGUGAAGGAGUGGAUACAUGAGGUGGAGGUCCUGUCUGACAUGGCCAGGACUGAGCCUCAUGCAGCCUACUCCGCCUACACCCACGGCUUGCAGCAUCGAUGGAGAUUCGCCAUGCGCACCAUCCCAGGCAUCAGCCCUCUCCUUGCACCACUGGAGGUCUCGAUAAGGAACACCUUCAUCCCAGCGUUACUGAGAUCCCACACCAUCGGAAAUGGGGAGAGGGCGCUGCUCGAACUUCCACCAAGACUGGGCGGGAUGGGAAUCACCUCCCCUAAGAAGUUAGCGACUGUGGAGAACCUCAUCUCCCUCAAGCUCACCAGGUCCCUCACAGAAGAUCAUUGCUCAGGACGCACAUGGUGA